CAAUACGGGAAAGAGGAGGGAGAUCAAUCGACCUAAUAACCUCUUUGCUCAAAUUGCUCUUUUAUAAGUACAGCAAAAUAGCUCAUUGUUUCUUCAAGUUGUGUAAUUCACUGCAGCAAUAUUGCUUCAAAUAUGGCAGAAUCCAGUGUGACAAUGAAACUUCUAAUAGACACGAAAAGAAGAAGAGUUAUGUUCGCUGAGGCAGGGAAAGAAUGUGUUGAUUUCUUAUUUCACAUUCUGGCCUUGCCAAUAGGCAGUGUCAUUAGGCUUCUCACUACUAAAGAAAUGGUUGGGUGCUUGGGAAGUUUGUAUGAGAGCCUUGAGAAUCUGGACAAUAUGUACAUUCAGCCAAAUCAGGAAAAAGACAUCCUCUUGAAACCAAAAUCAGCACAAGGCGCUGCUUCGGUCCCUCUAUUGUCUCUCACUAACUCUCCAUCUGUAAAACAGUUGUAUACAUGCCCUAAUCGCUGUAGUUAUGUGGCUGAGUAUUCUCGAGCUACUUGUCCUUCGUGUUAUGGAUCUAUGAGCUCACAACUGAACUAUGUCAAACCUGCCGCAGGGAAUUCCAAUGGAGGUUUGGUUAAAGGGGUUGUAACUUAUAUGGUGUUGGAUGAUUUGGUUGUGAAGCCUAUGUCUACUAUUUCUAGCAUCACUCUCCUCAAUGAACUAUGCGUUAAGGAUGUGGGUGUUCUCAAAGAGAAAGUUGUUACUCUGGGAAUGGAUGAGGCUUUGAAGAUGCUGAAGACUUCGCUGCAGUCCAAGAAUGUCUUGACCAGUGUCUUCAUGGACAAUAUGAAUGAAUAAAAUGCCUUCCAUGUUCCCCUGUUUUGAGAAAGGAACUUUCAUAGUUUGUUAUGAUCUGUUGGAUGGUAUCUUUUGCUUCACUUUCUUAGUGGUUAUGGGGAAUGAUGUCUGUUAGCUUUA